AUGUUGAAGAAAAAUGAAAAAUCCGAGGAUACUUUUUCAAUAACAAGUCCCAAAGAGAAUUUUUCUCGGUUCGAUUGUUACAUAGCGAUAAGUCCAGACGGGAGAUGGGAAUUUACGUUAUAUAACACCGAGGAUCCCAGUAAUCCUAUUUCUACAUUUCAAUGUGAAGAUAUAGAUUAUAAUGAAUUUAGUAAACCUAUUUCUACAUUUCUGCCUAAAGAUAUAGAUAUUUAUAAACCAUGUUAUUAUUCUUUAGCCAUAUCUAAUUGCAUAAACGAUGAUAGUGAACGUCUUGUUGCUUUAUCUUGUUUUGAUAGACGUAAAAUGUGUUACGAAGACGAUAAUCAUAAUCAAACGCAUGGUCAUGACGACAAAGAAUCUCACACGUGGGUUAUUUCUACUACGGAUAAAAGUGAAAUGUGCACUUCUUUAGGAUUUAUUGGUGGCGCAAUUAGAUUUCUUGAUAGUAAUGUUGAAAUAUCGGGAUCUCAACCAUUAAUAAACAAAACAGUAAUCAUAAUAGUUAAUGUUUCAGGAAUCUACAAACAAACCUUAGAUAAUGAUAAAAUUAUGAUGAAACAAGAAUUUCAAAAACAAAAUCGAUUUUUAAAGCCAUCAUUCGCCAAGAUAGAAAAAUUCGAAUUACCUCAACAACUUUCAAUUAGUCUUUCACGUUUAGAGGCUGUGAAAGAUAUAGAUUUUGGGAAAAGAUUAAGUUAUGAGCAAAAGGCAUUAGAACUUUUACACACGAGUAUUAUUAAAAAUUAUUUUAUGGCACAUUCAUUUGAAAAUCAACAACAAAUCAUUGAAAUGUAUAGUUUAAUUACCGGUGAUCUAGAGAUGUUAUUUAAACGUCAUGAAUGUUCAACAGUUUCUAACAUAAUUCGUGGUUCUCCGGUCUUUGCCAUCUCUCAGAAUGAAGGAAUUUUAGCAUUUUGUCGGGGAACCGUCAGCAUUACGUUAUACUUAAUGGAAAAUGGUUUAGAAAUUACCACCAAACAAUUAGAAGAUCAUGCAGGAGGAAUUUAUAAAAUUGUGGCUAUGGAAUUUAUCGAUAAUGAUAGUAAACUUUUAAUAGUUCUUGAAGAAGAACACGAAAAUUUAUUAUAUGAAAUUUCUAUGCAACAAAUAUUUAUAAUAUGGGAUUUAUUUACCACAUUUAAAGAUUCUAUACGUCAAAUUGAUUAUUCCGAUUCUCAGGAACCUCUAAAAAUGGAUGCCACACAUCGAUUGAUUAAUUCUCAUGGAAAUAUGUUAGCGGUUACGGAUAGUGGAGAUAUUAUCUCAGUUUUAGAUCAUGUGGCUUCAAUCAGAAAUCCUCCAUCAAUAAAGGAAAUGAAUAAAAUUGAUAUUGUUGAGAAAAAUCAAAUGAUUAUACAAGAUGUUGAACCAUGGAAUUCGGAUAAACAAUAUUUUCGAUUAUCAGUUUGGACGAUACAUUGGCCAAGUAAUACAAAUGUUCUUGAAGGGGCAUGUCAAGCACUUUGUAUUUUAGGUAGGAACAAACCUCGUACAGAAGGUUUCAAGAAUAUUAAUCGACUUGAAUAUUUAAUUAAAUGUACACAAAGAUUAGUACGAAAAUAUAUUACAAAAUAUGGAAUAUUUAGAUUAACAGAUAUUCGAUAUUCAAUUAUGAGAAAUCUUAUUAAAGGUAAUCAAGAGAGUUUAAUCAAACUAAUUUUAAAUAAGAAGAUUAAUGGAAAGAAUAGUAAUAUUCAUAUUCCAAGGUUUUAUAAAUGGGUGAUAGAUGAUAAAUCGGAUAUUAAUAUUUCUGAAAAAAUUAGUGAAACCUCAAUAUCAAUUGAUGAUACCAUUAAAACCCUUAAAACUUCAUCGAAGUUAAAAUUAAAACCAAAUACAGAUUUACAUAAAGCCAUUAGAUGGACAAUUCAACGAAGAGUUGAUUCUACAGCAAUUUUAAAAUAUUUGAUAGAUUAUUACGCGGAUAAUGCUAAAGAAUAUAAUAAUGAUGGUUGGAUGUUUACUGUAACCAAAGCAAUACCUUUACUAUAUGAUUAUCAAUUAGAUGGAUUCGUUCAAAAUUUAUUCAAGAAACCAUGCUUCGGAGUUACCGAAGCUUACACUCCGCCAUUACACAUUAAUCCUCAGGAUCAAAAGAAAGGAAAUAACGCGGCCGUAAUACAUAUUUUGGUAGUAAAACCGUGUCUUGCAUCAAAGCCCAAAAUUACUCUAUUAGAAAAUAUAGAGAUUAAAAAAACGAUUAAUCAUAAAAAAACAUCGAUAGAAAUUAAUACUUCAUAUAAUGAUCGUAAAGUUUAUAAAGUACCUUUACCCGAUUUUAUGGUAUAUCCCAAAGGUCUUAAAGAUCAUCAUGAAAAUUAUUACUGGUUUCUAUUUACACUUUUUCGAAUAUUCUGGUUGCCACGUAAAAAUGUUAUUAAUAAUAUUAGUGAAAAGAGUCCUUUCCUUCGCGUUAUUCAUGAAGAGAAAAGUUUUGAAAUCUAUCAGACACCUGCAAUUAUGUCAAUCUUAGAUUUUAAAUGGCCAGCUGCCCGUCAACAUUUUAUUCGUCAUAUCAUUUUAUAUAUAUUAUACGUUAUUUCGUUUUCUACAAUAAUUGGUUCAUAUUCAUCAAAUAUAGCUUAUUUAUUUAAAACAGAAUCAAAAAUUAUAUUAAAAAUUAGUAUCUUUGUAUAUUGUUAUACUGGAUGGUAUUUAAUUGUUACGGAGAUUAUGCAAUCAAUAAGAGAAGGAUGGCGCAGAUAUUUGAAUAUUUAUAAUAUGUUUGAUCUAGCAUCAGUAUUUUUACCGUUAGCGUGCAAUAUAGUGAUGGUUUUAAAUUCUCAUGGAAAAAUCAUUUUGCAAACUUCAGUAUUUAAUUCUGUUUUAGCAUUUACAGCUUUAUUUACGUGGCUUGAAUUGGUAGGUCCCGGACGUUUUAUACAUAUCAUUAAAAGUAUUUUAAAAACUAUUUGGCCAUUCUUGACAGUCAUGUUUAUUGUCAUAGUUUCAUUUGGUCAUGCUAUGUUCAUUCUUCUUAACCAUACGGAUGACUUGCAAAUUCCUACUUAUAAAAUUGAAAAUUCAGAUUUAUACUCAAAUAUAUCAAUUAAACAGGAUAUUGACAAAUAUUCCCGACUUGAUAAUUAUUAUUCAAAUUUCCUCUCAUCAGUAGAAGCUGUCUUCUUUUGGACCAAUGGACGUUGGGAUCAAUUGGGCCAAUGGGAUAAUUAUGGUGUAGAUGUAAUGAGUAUAUUGGGAAGCAUAAUAUUGGUUGAUGUAUUUGAUAAAGCAAAUAAAGAAAGUUACAUAAUAGCUUAUAAAUAUCGUGCUCAGCUUGUUGCUGAAUAUGAUACCUUAGAGAAACCUUUUGGUAGUGAAAGAGGUAAUCCUCGAUACAUUUAUUACAUACCUAACCCUGAUAUGAUUGAUACCUGGCUUAAGGAAACUAAAAAAGCUGAGGAUGAGAAAAAUCUUAUUGAUAAUUCAUCUUAUUCAAAAAAAUAUAAACAUAUACAAAGUGAUGAUUGUUUAGAUACUACGGAUGCUAUUGAACCUAUUACAACCAAAUAUACUGAAAAAGCUGAUAAAAUUAUAUUUAUUGAUGAAGAAAAAUUUGAAUUAAAUGUGACUUCUAAAUCUAACCAGAAAUCACAAAUAAAUUCGAAAUCAUCAUCAUUAUUAUUCAAGAAUAAAUCAAGCGAACCCUUUUCUGAUGAUGAUCAAUUAUCAACAUCACAAGAAAAUUUUAAUCAUAAAAUAAAUGAUAUGGAAAAUGAAUUCAAGGCAAGAUUUGAUUCAUUAGAAAAUAAUUUUUAUCAACACCAAGAGAAAUUUGAUCAUAAAUUAAAUGAUAUGGAAAAUGAAUUCAAGGCAAGAUUUGAUUCAUUAGAAAAUAAUUUUAGAACUUUAUUGACAACUUUAACUAAUCAAAAUGAUCAAAAUAAUCAAAAUAAUCAAACUAAUUAA